GAAACACUCGCCGACCUCACUCCCGUCUCGUCCUCCUGGUGUCGCUGCCGGCCGCGAAAUCCCAAAACCCUAGCCACGACCGCGCGCUGCCCUCCCGCGCCGCUCCCGUCUUUGCCGCGCGGCGUGACCGGCGGGCAGAGAGGAGAGCACCGAGGCCGCCUAGCUGAGCGGGGGCGAUGGCUUCAACUGUGCUGGAGGCCACGCGCGCGGCGCAUGAGGACCUGGAGAGGCUAGAGCGGCUGGCUGUGCGCGAGCUGCAGCGCGACCCGGCCAAUGCCCGCGACCGCCUCUUCCAGUCCCACCGCGUCCGCCACAUGAUCGACCUCGUCGUUUCCACCUCCGAGAAGCUCGUGGAGAUCUAUGAUGACAAGGAUAGUGCCAGGAAGGAUGAGAUCUCCACUCAUCUUACUGCCCCGGUGCAAGAUGACAUCUUCAACAAGUUUUAUGAUAGGCUCAAAGAGAUCCGUAACUACCACAGGCGAAAUCAGUCUGCCCGUUUUGUCAGUGAAACUGAUGAUUAUGAAGAGCUACUAAAGGAGGAGCCGGCUAUUGAAUUCACUGGCGAGGAAGCGUUUGGUCGGUACCUGGACUUACAUGAACUCUACAACGAGUUCAUAAAUUCCAAGUUUGGAUCACGAAUGGAAUACUCAGCAUAUGUUGGUACUUUUGCCCAGACGGAAAAGAUCACACAUAGUCUGAAAGCUACCAGGCAGUACAAAGAGUAUUUGGAGCAUGUUUUGGAAUAUCUGACAUCAUUUUUGUAUCGCACAGAGCCAUUGCAAGACCUCGAGAAGAUUUUUACAAAGUUGGAAAGUGAAUUUGAAGAACAGUGGGCCAAUGGCGAAGUGCCUGGCUGGGAAAAUAAGGGCACGGAGAAAGAAACCGCGUCACAAGAGUCUGCGAUAGACCUUGAUUACUAUAGCACUGUUGAAGAACUUGUAGAGCUUGGUCCAGAAAAGUUGAAAGAGGCUUUAGCUGCUCGUGGAUUGAAGAGUGGUGGAACUGUUCAACAGCGUGCGGAGCGACUUUUCUUGCUGAAGCAUAAAGCCUUGGAACUAUUGGACCGUAAGCAUUUUGCCAAAGGUUCGCGUAGUUCUGUCUCAAACGCACCUAAUGGCAACAAUUUCAAGGAUGAUUUGAAGAAAGAAAUUGCUUUGCUCGAAAUUAAGAUGAGGCGCCUAUGUGAGAUUCUCGAUGAGGUCAUUGUACGGACAAAGGAAAAUGCAGAGAAGAAGUUGACAUUGACAUAUGAAGAAAUGGAAGCAGAACGGGAAGAGGAAGAAGUACAAGCUGAUAGUGAAAGUGAUGACGAAGACCAACAAAUCUAUAACCCUCUCAAGUUACCAAUGGGUUGGGAUGGGAAACCUAUCCCCUAUUGGCUUUAUAAGCUUCAUGGUCUUGGUCAGGAAUUCAAGUGCGAGAUAUGUGGCAACCAUAGUUACUGGGGGCGAAGGGCUUAUGAGCGCCAUUUCAAGGAAUGGCGCCAUCAACAUGGGAUGCGGUGUCUUGGUAUUCCUAAUACUAAGAACUUCAAUGAAAUCACAUCCAUCGAUGAGGCGAAAGCACUCUGGGAUAGAAUACAAUCCAAGCAAGGGCUGAAUAAGUGGCGGCCAGACUUAGAAGAAGAGUAUGAAGAUCAGGAUGGUAACAUUUACAACAAAAAGACCUACACUGACCUGCAGCGCCAAGGCCUGAUAUAGAAUUCUAGAUGUGAUUCUAGUGCUUUUGCCACUCGAAAGGACUGCUGCGUGCUAAAAUGGUCGGUCUACUCUUAUGUUGAAAUUUAUUGACCUGGAUGAUUGUUGUAAACUCUAUCAGCAUACGUUCUAUGUAAACAAGAGAUGACUGUUCUUUUCCCCAAGUUAGAGUCUAUUAUGCUCAUACUCCCA